AGAAGCAACUGGGGCUCUGUUGCAAAUGCCUCGUCCUCCCUACUCGGUAGAACGGACUCUCUGGUGUCCUUGCCAAGAACACACUUGUCUAGUAAGAACGUACUUGUCUAGUGCACGAGAGCGUACUUGAAUACUGACAAACAGCCAGCCUGCCUCUCUGAGCGGCACUGCGGUGAGCUGCACUGACUCCAGCUCUCUACACGUUUGUCAGCCGUUCUUCACGACUCUUCCCCUCCUCCUUUAAUCUUGCCUUCCGCCUCUUCCGGGACGAACGCAGAAUAAGAACCGCUACGUGACGUGACCGCCGCUCGCGUCCGCCCGGAGGACCGCUGCUGCGGUGAUAACAGCCGGGGUGCCCUUGACUCGGGGAGGACUUUGGGGUGAAGUGGGGUUAGGAACGCGCUGUUACCCAUGGACGUGACAUUGUGACUGCGUGGUCUUCAUUGGCAGGACGCUCGGGGAUGCUGUCCGGGCUCUGCGGGGUGGCUUCUUCUCAGGCGGCCGCGGAGCUCAGGGAGGCAUCUGUGGGGAGCCCCGUCGCCGGAGCUCCGCUGGUCAGCGGAGGAGGCCUGAGCGCUCUCCACCUCCGGAUUAGAUGUGUCAGAAGGCAAGUGUGCAUGACGAGAUAAACAAAGCGGGAGGCUGUCCUGCCUGCACUGGAGAUAACCAGCUGCAAGUAUUAUUUUGUUCAGAGUGCCAUUUGUGGGGUUUGCUGGACCUUUUUUGUCUCACAGACUGAGAGCAGAAUAACAGAUUAAUAAUACACAUCAUGGGCAGCAACAUAUGAACUGUAUUUUUGCCUUUUUGUAACCUUUGAUGUACAGGGAUUAGGUGACAACAAUGGCAGAUCACGAGGAAACUGAGCUGUCAGAGUCUCUUCAGAAGGAGGAGGGGUGUUCUAGUGAGGUUGAGGAGCCGGGCACCAACACAAAAUCUAAAAGUCUGCCUGUUUUAAAUGAACCAGGACCCCAAGAAAAAUAUGUAAAAAUAUGUUUGUCCAUAACAGCAGAGGAGAGCGCCGAAUUCAUUCAGCCCCCAUCCAAGAGCGAGUCUUUCCAGGUAGAGUCCCCAUCCAGGACAAACUACCCGCCAAAGCUGGGGAAGUCAGCGCUGAACAGGCCAAGCUCCUACAUGGAGAACACAGAGAUACGAAUGAGCAUGGCCAGGAAAAAGCAGCCAAGUGUUUUUGCUUCAAGACUAGCUCAGAUCCGCCUGCCCUGUAGAAAGUACCUGAGCCUCAUCUUGCAGGACUCUCGCUGCUUCCUGUUCUGCAUGUGCUACCUAACAUUCAUCCAGUCCCUGAUGGUGUCAGGCUACCUCAGCAGCGUCAUCACCACCAUAGAGAAGAGGUACAGCCUGAGGAGCUCGGAGUCGGGACUCCUCGUAAGCUGCUUUGACAUCGGGAGCCUCAUAGUGGUUGUCUUCAUCAGCUACUUUGGUGGACGGGGUCAAAGGCCUCGCUGGCUAGCUGUUGGAGGGAUUUUCAUAGCUGUUGGUGCUGCUCUCUUCUCCUUACCUCACUUCAUCUCCCCAGCCUACCAAAUCCAGGAGGUCAACUCGUCCUCGGCCAACGAGGGCCUGUGCAUGAACAGCAACGCCAGUGGCAGGGACCGUGUCGAUACCACUUCCUGUCCCAGAGACCAGGACGGCAACGAGCACCACUUGUACGUAGCAUUGUUCAUCAUCGCACAGAUUCUGGUGGGUAUGGGAUCUACACCCAUCUACACACUGGGACCCACCUACCUGGAUGACAAUGUCAAGAAGGAGAACGCUUCGCUGUACCUAGCUAUCAUGUAUGUGAUGGGAGCACUGGGCCCCGCAGCCGGGUACCUGCUGGGAGGAGUCCUCAUCGGCUUCUACGUAGACCCAAAGACUGCCGUCAACAUCGACCAGAGCGAUCCUCGCUUCAUCGGCAACUGGUGGAGCGGGUUUCUGCUGUGCGCCGUGGCCAUGCUGCUGGUCAUAUUCCCUAUGUUCACCUUCCCCAAGAAGCUGCCUCCUCGACACAAGAAGAAGAAGAGGAGGAAAAAGCUGAGCCUGGAUGACCUGUCGAGCGACGACGACGUUCUCAAGGAGAAGAGCAACAACAAGAACCAGACGGUCACCUCGGCCAUGGGCUUCGGGAAGGACAUCAAAGAUUUACCCAAAGCAGCAGUGAGGAUCCUCAGCAACGUCACCUUCCUCUUCGUCAGCCUCUCCUACACCGCAGAGAGCGCCAUCGUCACCGCCUUCAUCACUUUCAUCCCCAAGUUCAUCGAGUCCCAGUUUGGGAUCCCGGCCUCCAACGCCAGCAUCUACACCGGUGUCAUCAUCGUGCCUAGUGCUGGCGUGGGCAUCGUUCUGGGCGGUUACAUCAUUAAGAAGCUGAAGCUGGGAGCUCGAGAGUCGGCCAAGCUGGCCAUGAUCUGCAGCGGCGUGUCCCUGCUCUGCUUCUCCACGCUCUUCAUCGUGGGCUGCGAGAGCAUCAACCUCGGAGGAAUCAACAUUCCCUACACCACCGGACCCACGCUCACCAUGACGCAGAGGAACCUGACAGGAGGCUGUAACGUGAACUGUGGAUGUAAAAUCCACGAAUACGCUCCGGUCUGCGGUUCCGACGGCAUCACGUACUUUAACCCCUGCCUGGCCGGCUGCAACAGCGUGGCCAACGACAGCAACGGGGUCCGUAACUACUCAGGCUGCGCCUGCGUCCAAAGUCGGCAGGUCAUAACGCCGUCGUCCGGCAGCCAAGGCAGCAACCAGCUGCAGCUCGUCAUCGUCAAAACCUACCUAAACGAGAACGGCUACGCCGUGUCAGGGAAGUGCGACCGCACCUGCAACACCCUCAUCCCGUUCCUCAUCUUCCUCUUCAUCGUCACGCUCAUCACCGCCUGCGCGCAGCCCUCCGCCAUCAUCGUCACCCUCAGGUCUGUUGCGGAGCAGGAGCGGCCGUUCGCUCUGGGAAUGCAGUUCGUUCUUCUCAGGACUCUCGCCUACAUCCCGACUCCUAUUUACUUUGGCGCCGUCAUCGACACCACCUGCAUGUUGUGGCAGCAGGACUGCGGCGUGCAUGGCUCCUGCUGGGAGUAUGACGUCACCUCCCUGCGCUUCGUCUACUUUGGCCUGGCCGCCAGCCUCAAGUUCCUCGGCUUCCUCUUCAUCUUCCUCACCUGGUACUCCAUCAAGUACAAGGAGGAGCGGGUGGAGCGAUGGCUGAAGCGCCACCUGUCGCCCGUCGACACCGUGGGGAGCCUCGUCUGCCACCCGGGCGGCCACAAAGGCCACGCCCGCACCCGCUCCUGCCCUGUCAACAUCCCCCGAAGCGACCCCAACGCGCUGCCCGCCAACGCUCUGCCUCGCGCCCUCAACCGCGGCGUCAGCACCCAGAGUUGCCCUGGUAACGAGUUAAAGGCAAUAACUCCUCCUCCUCCUGCAGCUUCCCCUGCAGCUUCACCCGCCCCCACCCCGGCCCGAUCUCUGGAACACGUGCCAGUCCGAGUUUGAACGAGAAGAACCACUAACGCUCCCGUCUGGGUCAAAACCAUCCACCGGAGAACCGGAUUUAGUCAGGAACUCGUUUGGGAACCAGAGUGCUGAAAGCCGUUUAUGUUGUGAUCCAUCAGCUGGUGCAGCGAGCAGACAGAAGCUCUGUGCUCCUCACCCACGUCACCCCGGCAACGUGCCUUCUGUCACCACAGUCCUCACCCCGGAAAAGCCCGCUUCACCCCCCUCCCCUCCUUUAUCAGCUCUAACGGAACGAUAACCUCUAGAAACGUGAUUCUCACUGAUUAAACUGAUUUUAAACUCCUGGAAUUAAUCCAAGUGAACAACGAGUCACUGGGUUAAGCUGCUCGGUGCUCACGGGUCACAUUCCUGCUCUGACGAAGCGACACGCGGGAUCCCCGCUGGUAGUCGGAUUGUUGGGAUGUUGCCGGUUCCAUACAAUGCAUCCAUACAUCGUAGGACUGCCCUCCCUCCCCAUCAAGCAGAUAGGACAUUUUUCAUUCCUGCUCUAACUUUUCAACAGGAUUCCUUCAAAAUCAAAUAAAAAAGUAAACGAAAGAGCUGGAAGGAAAAUCUCAGACGGGGAAUUCUGAGACGGAAAAGCAACUUUUGCGUCUGUGCGACCCAUCGUCUCCUCGUCUUCCUCACCUGUGAGGUGGGGUCAGAAUUUCUGCAUCGCUUGUGACGACGUCGAGCUCAGAAAUCGUGUUUUUGUUUUUCCACAAUUCAGAUAAAAAGAUGAGAAUUAAAAGUGUGAAACGAAGUUUUCACUCAGUGAACUGCUUCAAACACGUCUGAUUCAUCAAAAAUCUGUUUUCACGCAUGAAUCAUUUUUAACAUAAGUCACAAAAUCCACCGUUUGAUGAGCGAAGCGUCACAUCUCUCUUUGAUUUUUGCAUCUAAUUAUUUGGUCAUUUAUAAUUAUUUAAAUCAGGCUGGUUUUUAAAACCCUCUUAGCUAAAGCCGAACUCGUGAUGAAUCAUUCCUGUUACAUUUAUUUGUUUUUAGGUUUAGAAAAAACUCAGAUUAGUCAUAAAACAGACUUUUUUACAGAUGUUCUUGUGCACAGAUACAGCUGCUGGGUGGGUUUUACAUUCAUGCAUCAAAAAUACAAUCAUUUCACUCAGAAUUAAACUUUUUCUGAACCUGAAGUAGAUUUUGAGUUCAUAUAAAUAAAAGCCUAAAUAUCCAAACUUUACUUGAUGUGCAGCUAAUUUCUUUUUAUUCCAGACUCUAAUAUUUGACUUUAAUCUAAAAUUAAUAUUUCUAAACUUUUCUCUUAAAAUUUUAACUUAAAUGACUAUUUAAGGUGUGUUUUAGGUAAAUUAUUACAUUUAAAUUCAUAAAAUGUUUAAAUAUUUAGAUAUUUUAAAAUCCAACACUUUCAACCCUAUAAAGAAAUGUCCUAAAAACAUAUUUUUGUUAUUUAGUUUUUCUGUUUUUAACCCUGGUUCCAUCUUGUUUAUAGUUUUUUGUUUAUCCUAAAACUAACAGGAUCCGUUUUCUUCACUUUACUUUAAAAAUUGACCAAAGCUAAUAAAUACUUUAUGCAUAACCUUUGUUUUUAAGAUUUUGUUAAAAUAUUCAUUUUAACUGUGGCGACUUUUACUUACUUUUCUCUAAACUUAUCCUAUCCUCGGCUGCUGUUAAGGUACUUUCAUCCUAAAAUAAGAGAAUUUCAGACUACAUAAAUCUACAUUUUCAUACUUCAGUUUCACAAAGUGUUACUUUUAUCUUUUUAUUUUAUGGGUUGAGUUGAUUUCUGGUGUUUCUGAGCCGUAAAAACAGGAUUGUUGUGUUUAUUAGAGCUGCUGCACCACAGCUGUUGUUACAAAUCCCUCAUUUGCACUUUCGUGUUGUUAUAUUUUAUUCUGAAUAUCAACUAAACUACUUCUGUCUUUUUAAAGCAGCAGUUAGCUCUCUGGCGACACCUGCUGGACCGACGAGGAACAGCAUGUAGGAAAAGAGACAAAAACAACCAAAAACGUGUUUUUAGGUUUGCACUCUCAGUAUUUUUCAUUUGAGAGACACCUGAAUAAAUCUGCUUUAUCUGUAUGAAACUUCUCUUUAAAAGAACUCGUUUAGUUUUAUUUUCAGCCCUAAAAGCAGAAUCUACACAUAUAAAGUGUUCUGUUCUUGUUUUCUGCAAAUAAAAAGUUUCAGUAGUUAAAAAUGAUUCAAUAAGCAUUUAAAAGAAAUAAAACUACAAGAUUUUUUUGUUUUUAUUAUAAAAACAAAGUUUCUCAACACCGAAGCAGUCUUUCAGUUUAAUAUUUAAUCACAAAAUAAUUAGACUAUCAGACAUUCUAUAAAUAAUAAGUUGUGAAAAUAUUUGCACUUUGAGCUCAGUAUUGAACACGAUUUCUGUUUGUGAUUUGUGUUGAUUUUAAAUGAUUUAGGGCUAAACUGAACCAGUAAAGAUGGUGAAAUCUUCAUAAAUCCUCUGAGGUUUUGUGAAAAUAUUAGUUUAUCAAACACCUUGUUGAAAAGGUUUGACCUGCUGAGUAUUUGCUUGAUUUUCUUUUUAUCUUUAAUCCAAAUGUGAAAAUUUUUCAAAAACAAAACUCAUCGACACUGAUUUCUUGUUCCAUGAAGUUAUUUUUGUUUCUGAAGGAUUGAUUAUUUUUGUCUGAGUUGAGCCAAAUGUUGUGAAACUGGUUAAAAUCUGGUUUCUACUUCCAGACAGACUUCUGCCGUAUGAUUUCAGAGGUUUGAAUCAACUGUUCUGUUUUGGUUCAGAGGAAAUAAAUGAGAUGCUUCUGCUCCUGGACGCAGGUCAGAGGUCACGUUUGUGCUGCAGAGAAAAGCUGAAACAUUGUCAGUGAUUUCCUCGUUUCUGUGUAAAGACAGCAAAGAAUCAAACGUGAUGCAUUUAAUACUAAACACGAUAAAGACAGUAGAAUAAAGUAGAAAACAUUCCAACUUCAUGUCAAACAGAAAUCCUCUUUCGUGUGUCGUUUCAUGCAAUAAUCAUGUGACUGAUUCAGGAUCGGUACGAGCUCCUUCAGGCAGAUUUAGGGUAGCGGUUUACUUUUUGAAAUCAGUAUUAUAUUUAUUUAAAACUGGAAAAGCUGCCCUGAUGGAGGCUAAACAUAGAUUUGUGGUUUACAGCUGCCUUGAGUUCUUGACUUCUGUCAAAUAGAAAAAGUGACAAAAGAAUAAAACUGAGUUACAAAAAG